AACAAGAUGGCGGAUGUUAUGACAGGUGCUCUCACAUUUCACAGGCAAAGUGAUGGACGUGUUAACAAAAAAUAACAUGGAUACUAUCAGUGGAUUCGUUUUAUUUUCAAUUUAGGAACGGUUCCUUUUAAACACGGACUGAAAAUGGGGUCUGACUUGUACUUCUUUGAGCAGUGUGAGAUGCGGAAGGUUCCACGUCGAUACAGGAAGUUACCGGAGGAGCUGCCAGAAAAGCUGAGAUUUGCUCACCUUAAUCCCAAAGUACAAGCAUUGUUGGCAAGCAAAGAACGUGGUGCAAAAGUUGAUAAUGAAGAUCCAUUCGGCGAUGGAUUGGGAAAGAAGAGUCUUUUACCUGACAUAAAUGCAGCAUUCACUAAUGUCAGAAACCAGUUUGAUAGUGUGUUAUCCAAUGAUGAGGAUUCACAAAGAUAUUUAUUUGAAGAAUCAAAAAUUUCUGCAUCAAGUAUUCUUCAUCAAUUAUCACAGAUUAUAUACCGCUAUGAGGAUUUAUAUAAGCAUAUACCAAAGAGUUUAGAAUAUCACUUAAUGUCAGGAUAUAAUGAAUUUACUUCAGAUGUUGUUGUUGUACCUCGUGAAUGGCAAACGCAAGAAAUGAAAGACCAGUAUAAUGCCAAACUUCAGCAAGAAACACUGCAGAGUGAGGAAGAUGUCUCAGACACUGAAGCACCCACAGGUAGAACUAAGUCUCGCAUGGGCACUGAUCGCUCAAGCAGUGAUCUCAAGUCAAACCUGAGAAGAAGUAAAGCUUUGAUGGGGUCUAUAGAAACUGUCAAUGAGUUAGAUUUGAAAAUGGAGUCAAGGCAGGGUAAAAGGAGUGAUAGCAGGAUGUCUGCAACUUCAGUGAUGCGACAGCACCUGGGAGUUGAUACCAUGAGUCGCGUUGGCAGCAGGAGAAAAGGAUCAAAACUGAGUUUCUAUGGUAGAGUUUCUCGAAUGAUUUCAAAAUUUCGUACAGUUUCCGGCCCCUCACCAAGCAUUAUUCGGGGUCGCCGUGACAACGACCUAUUUUCUCUGAUAGCAGAAACCCCUGAUCCGCGAUCAACUGUUCUGGGGGGUCCAUUGUCCAACUAUGCCAUGCAGACCAUCAACUUCCAGCUCUCCAACUCCGCAUUCGAAGAUAAAGGUUGGAUAAUGUUGAAGGGUCGUCAGGAGGAGGUUGAUCAAAACCAAAUACUGGAGUACUGUGUACAGCGGCUCCAGGAGUCUCUCAAAUCCAUAACUGAGCAAACCACCAAGGAAGUGGAGCAGGGGCAUGACAAGCCAGUGGUGUUGCGUUACUAUGGCGAUGCAAAGAAGGAGACGCUACUUAAGUACCGCAAGUCUCCGAGCAAGUCGGGACAGAGUAUCGUACACAGGGGAGGCAAACCGAAGAUCCCGACCAUCGUGGAUGAGCGCAAUGAGGGGAAGAAACUCAUGCAUGCCCAGCAUAUAGAUGGCAGUGCUGUGCUCUACUACCCGUCUGGGCGUCCAGCAUUGAUUCACAGUGCAGCUGGGUUUGGCCGCCCAGGCUUCUACACAAUCGUGUAUGAGGAUGGGCUGGACUCGCGCAUGAUCGCUUGCUUUACACCUAGUGGGAGGGGUGUGUGUUACCAUGAGAAUGGGGUAGUCAGUUUCCUUGCUACAGAGAAGGGUGGCCACCUGGCAGAGGAGAAUGGCAAACUGAUCAGGAAGUGGACCUGGCCCAAAGCCAACGUCAAAAUCACAGAGCCCCUUAGCCUGCAGGUGAAUGGCCAAGUAUGUUUUCGAUGUGUGGGCCAGAGCCAGAUGACUGUGUCAUUCAGCUGUCAACGAGAAACUGCCCGCUUCAAUGUCGGUCAUAACCCUGACAUCGAGGCUCGGGCCAUUGAAGAAGGGGACCAGCUGUUGACAGGUCUCACAUUUUCAUCUAAGGCUGCUAGGGACCUCAUGAGAAUUUUUGCACCUAACAAGAAAAGAAAGAAGACUAGAAAGCACACAUCAAAGAGCCAGUCGUCAGAGAUCCAGAAGCUACUUCAAGAUUUCCCAGACAAAGUGUCAUAUGAACUGGAGGCUGACAAAGACCUCGCCAAGCUACAGAGAAAAGCAAGGAUCCUGGUUGAUGACUGGAUGGAGCACUAUCGUCUGGCUGUGGGCCUGAUCCCAGCCGAGCUGUUGACCGUACGGGAUAGCCCACAACGCUACAGCAUCCAGGGGAGGAACACCAAGUCUGCCCGCAUGUCUGACCAGGGGCUUCUCAUACGCCGGGCCAUUUUGGGUGUAGACUCCACGGAUUGGGAGGAAACACCCAGGAAAAAAAUGAGGAUACCCUCUGCACCACUGGCUGGACUGGGUGGUGAGAUAGAUGAGGAUCUUGCUGCCCGGAUAGCAUCACAGCAACAACAACAGCAGCCGGAGAGCAGCGAGGAGAAAGAUGCAGGGUCAGGAGAUGGCACCGUCACACCCUCUGCCAUGGUCAUCAUCAACAGGAUGGCUGAAACUGCCAGUAGAAGGUCAGCACGGUCAAGAGCUACCAGUGCUCGAACCAUGUCCCCGACCAGGCAGCAGACCACACUGACCAAUGUUGGAGGCGACUGCGUUCCCUCGGCCACGCCUCAAGGUGGCCGGAGCCACUGUCCGCUGGUCAUUCGCCAACAGAAGCUUGGAUACGACAGCCCAUCCUGUCGCUGUAGCCGCCACUAUAUUCCCAACAUCAUGGACAUUGAGCUCGAUGAUUUUGUAGAGAAGGACUGUCCGGAGGAGCAGCUUAUCGUCAUCAUGGUUGUCUCCUCACUUAAAGGUAUAAAGGGCCAGCAUGGCGAGCAGGUAGAUUAUAGCUUCUACAUGGACCAAAAGGGCCACCCCUACAGGAAGGUAUUCCCAGGGAUCACGAAGGCAGAAGAAAUGGUGAAUGAGAUCUACCAAAACCAGAACAGAAACCGCACCCGACCGUGCGUACAGAGCCGGUCCGACAUGUUCCGGGUGUUCAAAUAUGAUAUUAACUCCGCAGCAGAGAUGUCCAACCAUACACAGCCGAUACUACUCACACGGCAUAAUGUGGUGCCCGGCAUGUUCUUGAUCUACAGUGAAGGGAAGCUGUUAUUCUGUGACCACAUAUUCAACGGCUAUGGGAACACACGCAAGGACUUCAAGAAGCAGAUCAUGAAGUCGCGCCAUGAUGCCAUACAGGGAUUCUCACUGCCCAAGGACUUUAGAUUCAGCCCGAGCAAGGGUCGCCAUGGCUUACGUAGUGGAUGGGGCGGGGAGAUUGGGGGAGCAGGUGUUGACGAGUUCAGCAGUCGAGGAACAAUUGUUGAUGAAACCCUGCAGCCCAUACACCGACCCACGUCUGACAGUAGCGAGCGCAGCAAGGAACUACAUCUGGAUGCUGUCAAUGAAAAAGUGGAUCUUGGACCUUUUCAUCGCGAGAUUCAGGUUCGGCUAAGGCCACUCAUGUAUCGUUCCACCAGUAAGAGCAGGCUAAACCCAAGGCCAUUUCUACCUCAUAUCGGGAGUAGUCAGACUGCAGGCAGCACGGUACAUUAGCCUAAGUUUGUCCAGUACUGGAUUCCAGCCUCCGAGCCCCAACCCCAGGCCUGUCCCUGUGUGACCUUCAUCCUCACUUGACCUUGACCUCUCAGAUGACCUACAACCUGACUGCAAGAUGUGCUCUCACCUCCUUGUCAGCAACGUCCUGUUCUCAUGCUAGCCAUCCUGUGUGGCCAUGUUUGGUUUACUGGCUGAGUGAUGGAUAUUGCACCUAGACUUCUCAAAGACUUUCAGCUUCAUGACCUCUCACCUCGUGGUCUGCCACUCCCGUAGACUUGCUAGCCUGCAAGUUGUCUGCCCUGCUAGGUUUCCUAAGAGAGAGUGCAAGGGCACUAGAUUGUGUUGAUUGCACUGUUCCUCAAGUAUUCCCUGUUGUUGCUGAACAUAGACAUAAAGCAAAAUAUAUUAGCUUUUUUAUUUUUUUGCUCUAUGCAUAUAGUUUCUGUUAAGAUUGUUAAGUUACCUGAAAAGUUUGAUUUAUAAAAGAUGUCUCACUAUAUCAUAUGUCUCAUGAACAAUUAAGUUAAUGGUUUAUUCAGGGUGGCUUUUAAAAUUUGUAGAAAACUGUCUCAUACACUUGCUGAUUUUUUAGAUUUUUUGCAAAUGUUCACAUAAGUAGUUGUCAUGCUGAUUUUUUGCAAAUGUUCACAUAAAAUGUUGUUCAUCAGUUAGAAACCAUGAUAAACUGUUUGUUAUGACAAUGAUAUUUAAAGUUGUGUUUUUCUGGUGACGGGAAAAGUGAUAUUCUAUAUGUACAUUUUAAAUAUAUUGCGUUUUAAUUUCGAUGAAUGAUAAUUUGAUGUAUUGAGUUUUGUUUGUUAAACACUUUAUAAUCGCUGCUUUUGAGAUAGGAUUCUACAUACAGAGGAUAUUUCAUGAGUAUUUUUUCAAUAUGGAACAUACUAAACAAGCUUUCUCAAUUUAUAGAAACAAACCUAAAUGGCAAUAUCUUAUCAAUUAAAUUUACUUGAUUGAUAAAUUUUGAAUUGAAUGGCCACAAAGUUGAUAUUUUAUUUUCCUCACAUGCGGUUGCUUGUGUCGAGUUAAUGUGUGUACAUCUAUUACACUAGUGUAUUAUAUCUUGACAUUGACAUUAUUAAGCUUAACUAAUUUAGCCUUAAACAUACUACGGGAAUAUCUGGCGACGAAUGUGUUAUGUUGAAAAAAGAAUGUACAUGAGUUUCCAUUUAAUACAAAGCGAUUAUGAAACUUUUUAUGGAAAAGUUUCAAGCUUGCGAAAUGCUAGCUAUAUUACUCCUCGUAAACUUGUUUCAUUUAGAGUUUUUGGUAAUAAAUGAUCAUUCCUAUAUGUAUCAUUAAUAUUAGUUUGAUGAUUUACAGAACUAAAAUACAUAUGUCACUAUAUUGUGUGCACAUUGUAUACAAUAUAAAUGUAUGACAUCACUUCAAAAGUAAGCUAGUUUUUUCAACAGUUAUGUCAUAAUGGCGACGUCGUUUAUGAUAUAAUGAAUGUUAUUUAAUGUCAAAUACAUGAGUUCCAUAGUGCCUCUUUAUUUCUUAUAUUUGUUUUAUAUGUGCGAUCCCACAUUAUUUUAUAAUGUUUUUCACUCUUCACCUUGAUUGCUGAUAGUACGGUAUAUUAAAAAAUAAAAAAAACACAAACAUUCUACAUAAGUGCUUACAUUUACCUUAUUUAUAAGCUUGAUUAAUACAAGUCUUUGUUCAUAUAUUUAUAUCAUCUAAACAAAAAUUAAUUAAUGUUUAAUUACAAUGAACAAAGUCCAGAAAAAAACAACAUAACAUACACUAGUGUAAAUUGUGAAACUCAUUUUUGUUUGUUGUAGUUUUCUUUAAUAUACAAUUCCCAGAAUAGUAAGAACAAUACCUUGCUGAGUUAAACUGUUCUUUGCUAUUCAGCGCUUGGUUUCAUCACCAUUCUUUCAUGUUCAGUCGAAACCCGUUGGCUCGAUAUCGAUUGGCUUGAUUUCCUCGUUGGCUUGAUUUCCUCGUUGGCUUGAACUGGAAAUCAAGCCCCCAUUUUGUUUUACUCUUAGGAAGCAUUCUGGCUUGGCUCAAUUUUCGAGGCUCGGAAGUAUAUUGGCCGGUCCCUAGGAUAACGAGUCAACGGGUUUCAACUGUACAAUAUUUUAUACCAUAUAUCAUUUGGUACAGUAUUAUAUCCAUAUGAAAUACUUAGAAGUACUUAUAAAUCUGUGAUAGCUUUUAUAUAAACAUGCGUUUUACAGCAUUGUGCUUUGAUAAACUUUUUAAAUGUACCUGUGAUUCCUGCCUGAACCAAGUGACCUUUAUUUGUUAUUGUUUUGUUCAUUUUCCUAUGUGCCUAAUCUUCAUUGCAUUAUUUAUCUUAGUUAUAUCAAUUUAUAUAUGCAAUUAAUGCAAUAAAACUGAAUACGG